GUCAGUGAGCAGAACUUGAAGCAAAGCGAGGCGGAUCCCUUCACAGGCUUCAGUCAAGGCCUGAAAGUGAAGGUUCUCCCCAGCGUUGGUGCCACUCCAAGGCAAAUGACUUCGCAUCCGUAAGCAUCUGAUGUCAUUGCUAGCUACAGUCGCUGUCACUCAAGCGCAAUGCCCAUGAUCUAGGCGAUGGAUGCUGCCAAUGGAGAGUGGCGUGGAAGAGUGAUUGGAAAACAAGACGACCACCACAAGCUUGAGAGAGCUGCCUCGAACGUGAAGCUUUGAAGAAGAAAUCUGAACUGCAGUUAGUGCUCUAGAUGUCUCCUAGAGGCACUCUUUGAGGUAGUGCAAUGACUUGAGAAAAUGUCUGAAAAACUCGCACCGGACCGGAGGCACGCUUUUGUCCAUCAUGGCCAGAAGAUAUAUGAAUGGGAUCAGAGCCUGGAUGAAGUGAAUGUGUACAUUGACCUGCCGAGCGGAGUCAAGGCAAAGCAGCUGGAUUGUGAUGUACUGCCAAACCACCUGAGGGUGGGCAUCAAGGGCAACCCGCCCUACCUGGAUCAUGCACUGUGCGAGAAGGUGAAGAAGGACUCAUCUUUCUGGACAGUGGAGGACGGGGUCCUGCACGUCACACUGCAGAAAGCGGAGCGGGGCAAGGCGUGGCAAUCUGCGCUGGCAGGGCACACCUCCCUAGACCCCCUGUCCAGCGAGCAGGAGCAGAAGCGGCUCAUGCUGGAGCGUUUCCAACAGGAGAAUCCUGGCUUCGACUUCUCUGGAGCCGAGUUUUCUGGUCAAGUUCCUGAUCCAAGCACAUUCAUGGGCGGGGUGCGGAAUAGUUGAGCAGCGUAUCUGGGACAUUUGCGCAUCGCAAGGUCACGGGUCUUUCAUUGACGACGCAAUUUGAUGCAUGAUAUCAUGCACCGCGUGUAUUUCAGGUUGGGUGCCAGCAAGCUGCCUGUGUCGUAAAGAUAUACCAGCAUAUCCUCGAAAUGUACCAUGUUUAUAAUGUUACACAUCUAUAACUCCUGAUCUUCGAUAUCACGAAAGCUGCCCGAAACGAUCAUGGAUCGUUGGAGGAAACCGUGAACAAUUUGC